UGACAGAGAGAGGCAGCCAAGGGAGAAAUAACACAGGGAGAGAGGGAGAAUAUGAUUGGAUGCCAGCGAUAGAGUAAAAGACUAAGCUGCUUGUGAGUUUUCUUAGUUGUCAUGGGCCCUUGGGGGUCGAUCAAGUGGCACAGCUGACUCACAAAGGGCAGAAGACACAUGAAUCGAAGAAACCCCCCUGAAGAACCAGAGAAGUGACUGCGGACAACGGGGCUUUUAUAAGUGACAUCACGAGAGACAGAGAGAGUGAGGGGCGAUCAGGGUUAGUCCAGAGGGGAGACGGUCCUCCACACAGUGAGAGGCAGAUAAGAGGAGAGACACAUCCACAGCCAUCCUUCCAUCACCAUCAUCAUCAUCAUCAUCAUCAUCAUCAUCAUCAUCUGUAUACCCAUCAUCCAUCAGUGCAGCCGGUGAGGAAGGAGAUCGGAGAUGAAGAGACCUCACGACUACAGCUCACCAGACUCGGACACAGACGAGUUUAUUGACGUGGGACAAGAAGACAACUACUGCCCGGUCACCGGGUCCAUGUCUCCUGGCAGCGCCUCACAGAUUCUGGCCCGAAAAAAGCGAAGAGGGAUCAUAGAGAAGAGGCGCAGAGACAGGAUCAACCACAGUCUGUCGGAGCUGAGGAGACUGGUGCCCAGUGCUUUUGAGAAACAGGGUUCAUCUAAGCUGGAGAAAGCAGAAAUUCUGCAGAUGACAGUGGACCACCUCAAACUCCUGCAUGCCAUGGGGGGGAAAGGUUACUUUGAUGCAAGAGCGCUGGCGGUGGACUACAGGACCCUUGGCUUCAGGGAGUGUGUUGGGGAGGUGGUGCGGUACCUCAGCUCUUUGGAAGGGGAAUCACCAGACCCCAUAGGAGCCCGCCUUGUCUCCCACCUCUCCCACUGUGCGAGCGAGUUAGACCCUCUCCUCCUACAGUCACCCCCUGCGUCGGCCCUUCCUUUCCCUCCGUGGCCGUGGGCAUCCUUCCCUCCAAUUUCCCCCACCUCGUCAGCCUCCUCCUCGCCUCCUUUCCCCGGGGGACGAAGGGAUCUGGCUCUGUUGGGGAGCUACCCGUCACCCACCUCCCUGCGGCUCAACCCUCUGGCCGGCUGCCAGCAGGGUGCACCGCCUCUCCUCGCACCCACAGCCCUGGCCACCGUCCACAGAGUGCCUUCCCUCGCUGCUUCCCCGGUGCUCGCCCCCUCAGCUGCCCACAGACAGAGCCAGCCGUCCCCUCACAGCGGCUCCAGGGCCUCACCUCGUCCUCUUUCCACUCCUUCCUCUUCCUCUCCCUCCACCUCCUCCUCAGCUUCUACUUCGUCAUCUUCUGCGCCAUCGCAAGUCUCCUUCAGGCCCUUUGCACCUCUGGGGUCUCCCACAGUCCAGCGCAGGGGGUUGAGUGGAUCAGCCAAGUCGACCCAGGGAUGGGGGACUGAGAUCGGUGCAUUCUGAGAGUCACCUCUGCUUUUUUUCUCCAAGAAACUCUGUGCUGUGGACCUCGCAUGUGGACCAUGCAACAAAUAUGAUACUUUUGGAAACAAAUACUGAACAUUUAAUGACUGUCUCUCUUUUUAGGGACUCUGAAAGCCAUAUCUGACUAUGGGAGAAGUUUCAAAUAAUUACAAUCAUGUAUAGCGGAAGAAUGAAGUAUACUGUGGGAGAACGUGAAGGAAUUUCAAUGAAUUGUUUAUGAUCUUGCUUAGUAAAUACACAAAUACAGGAGUGUCCAACAGAGCCAUAUGCUCAACAGAGAGUCAUGUUGAGUAUUUACUGAUCUUUAACUGUGAUAUUUGUUUUCUUUUCAUAUCAUUUAUACAUUUGAUUACAAUUUCUGUCUGAUUGACAAGGAAUGUCUGACAAAAAUCUCUAUAAAGACUAAGUGCCUUUACCCUUGUUUAUGUUUUUACUGCGUUUGU